UGGGUCGAGUCAGGGGCGCGCUUAAAAGCGCGUUCAUAUCGUGUAUCCAGUGUGUGAGCGAGACCGACAAUUCAUCAUCACAGCUCAUUCAAUUCCUCCCAGACGUCGACCAGUCCAGAGCAGCAGCCAUGGCCUCCGGUGUGAAAGUCACAGAUGAAGUUAUUGCAGUCUUCAAUGACAUGAAGGUGCGUAAGGCUCAGGCGAAUGAGGAUGAGAAGAGGAAGAGAAAGAAGGCCAUUCUGUUCUGUAUGAGCAAGGACCUCAAGAACAUUGUUCUGGAUGAAGGCAAAGAGAUCCUUCUGGGUGACUUGGGAACCACCGUCCAGGACCCAUACCAGCACUUUGUGAAGAUGCUGCCCCCAAAUGACUGUCGCUACGCGCUGUAUGACGCCACCUAUGAGACCAAAGAAACAAAGAAGGAGGACUUGGUCUUUAUCUUCUGGGCUCCAGACAAUGCCCCCUUGAAGAGCAAGAUGAUCUAUGCCAGCUCAAAAGACGCCAUCAAGAGAAAAUUUGAAGGUAUUAAGCACGAGUGGCAGGUGAAUGGUUUGGAAGACCUUAAAGACCGGCACACCCUGGCAGAAAGGCUUGGCGGCUCAUCGGUUGUCAGCCUGGAAGGAUCCCCUAUAUAAAUACCCCCUCCUCCUCUCUGGCUAAGAUCGAGGCCUUUCAGACACAUCUGUUGGGUUUAGCUGUUCAUUCCAGUGUGGUUUGGAGACGGGCAAAAGCGGAACCUGCACCAUUUGCGUGACUCGGGGUGGGAUAUUGUGGGUGGGGGGGAAAAAAACAAAAAGAAAUUCCGCAAAUGCAGACUGUCCUAUUCCACUUCACGCAACAUAAAGAAUAUGAACAAAACACACUCAAAGGAAAAACAUUAAGAUACAACUGAGGAAGGAUGAUGACGUUAAAACCUAAAUACACAUAUUGUUCAUGUUUUAAAGACAGGAUUUUGUUAUUGCUUUCCAGGUUUCAUUUGAAUGAUUGUAGAGAAAGGGACAGACGAUAACCGUUUGUUUCCCCAAAAAUAAUCUCCAAUUUUUAUUUUUAUUUUUGCCAAACUUCUAGUUAAGUUUUGUAAGCGUGUGUAGUUGAGACUAGUUAUAGUAUGAACUAAUUCAUAAGAUCGAUCGAAACCUUCUCUGGGGGGGAACACAGUUAAAUAUAUAUUUCUUUUUGUUUUGUUAUUCCAUUUCUAUUUGUUUCGUUUUUCUUUUUGAACAGGCAAAUUCACAAUUCCUUUUUUUUUUUUUUUUUAGUUCUGUCAGAUAACAUGGCAUUUUGAUGUAGUUAACAAACAACUUUCCUUGUAUUUGUUAAAACCAGGAUCUCCUUGAAUUAAAAUGUUGGUGUUAUGAAGGUCUGAUGGGAGCGAUGUGUGUGUAUAUGAAAGAGCAGCGGUCAGAGUUUAAACUGAAUAUUGAAUGGUGGAUGUUUUGUAUCGUCUCCUUAUCUCUAAUAAAAAGCACUAAACUACUGACUUUA